AAGCCAGUUUGGGCCCUAAAAUUAAGAUGAAAAAUAUGGGAUCCCGCCCAAAAGGGUAGAUAUUAUUUUUCAUUGACGUUGCUGCCCCCUUAUAUUUACUCCCCCUCUCGCUAGCUCUCAACUCUCUCCCAACCAAACCCUAGUUUCUUCUUUUCGAUAAUUAGAUUUCGCUAUGAAAGGAGGUAGAUCUAAGGCUGGAUCGAAAAACGAUGACAAGCUAUCUGUGAAGCAAAAGAAGGGGAAAAAGGUGAAGGACCCUAACAAGCCUAAGAGGCCUCCAAGUGCUUUCUUUGUCUUCAUGGAAGGUUUCAGGAAGCAGUUUAAGGAAAAGAACCCUGCUGUUAAGGGAGUUGCCGCUAUGGGGAAAGCGGGUGGAGAUGCGUGGAGGUCAAUGUCGGAUGAGGACAAGGCUCAGUAUGUGACUGUUGCUGAGCAGAGGAAGAAGGAAUACGAGAAGAAGUUGAAAGCCUAUGAUAACAAGCAGUCUGGAGAAAUUGAGGAGGAGGAAUCUGACAAGUCGAAGUCCGAGGUUAAUGAUGAAGAUGAAGAGGGUAGUGAUGAGGAAGAGGAUGACGAUUAAGCUAAUGUGGGUGCUGGGAUGGAAGAUGGCUUGCUCUAUGUAGCUGUCUUGUGUUAUGUUAAUUACUUUCAUUAGAGAUUUCAGAACUGUUACAUUAUGAUUUCAUGUGUUAGUGGUGGCCGUGUUGCCCCUCCUAUCUUUAUGUUUCAGUCCGUUGACUAGACUAGUAUUGUGCACAGCAUGGUAUUUUAGCUACAAAUCUUGCUUAUAACUUUCAUAUAACAAUUGUGUUACUACUGUUUUUAGUUAUCUGUUCGAGUAUAUGGCAUUAUAGUUUCUUUC